GCAAAUAAUUAUCAAAAUCAGCCUACCAAGCGCGUACUUCUCCUUCUCAUAUUUCACUCCCUAGCGCUACGAUGCACUUUGGCCUCGGGCGAAUCCCUUCCUCAAUUUAUCUCAAGAUACCCAUCUCUUCUCGGACAACUACCCGCCAUCCAGCCGUCAAUGCCAGCGCCAUGGGUUUUGUUCGACAGCUCCGCCGCUUACGGCGGUGAUUGCACCACUGGAGCGGAUACCGACAUCGCUGGAGUUGGGGUGGUGCUUUCCUUCGUACUCGCGAGCAUUAUGACUACGACGGCGUCGAUCCUUGCGAUGAUACUUGACCAGGCGUUUGAUGCGAAGGGUCAGUUUACGAUACGCGCGCCGGUGCGGUUCAUAAGGGAUCGGAUCCUAGAUACGGAGUGGAAGAAGAACUAUGCUUGGAGGCCAUUCCUCGACCCGCUCAUCAUCGGACUGGGAGACCAGCAGCUUAUCACUGGAUAUGCGGUGUUGCUCAGCGGGUGGAUAAAGGUCUUCAAAAACGCCUUCGAAGUCCAAGGCGCUCACUUCGUCCUCGUCCUCUACAUCUGCGCGCUGUCAUCCUCGUCCCAUCUCGCCGCACUCAUUACGUUGCGCAAAUACUUCCGCCGCUACCGCCUCAUCGCGAAAAUUCGCCUCACACUCGUCAUCGUCUUCGCUUGCUUUCUUCUCGCGUCCAUGCUCGCAGCAAUCAGCAUGCCGGAGCUGAUCCCCCUGACACCACAAGGCGCGCUAGAAAAGCAGUCCCGCGCCCAGCGGCUGGCCUUCCUCGUACCCAUGUUCUUCAUCAUUGUCGGUUUCUCCACCGCUCUCGUCUGCAUCAUGUGGACGCCGCAGCGCCAGACAGCAUCGCCACGCGGCACGAACAUCUGGAAACACGACGGCCGAGGGGCGCAUCCCAGACUCGAAACACGAAGCAGAUCGAUGACCGUGCCCGCCAACUUUGGUAUCGGCCUGUUUUACAUACUCUUCCUGAACCCGCUGGUUGCCUUCAUCAUACAGCUCAUCUUGGCGCUGCUGUCGACGAUCUUGGUCUUGAGUCAAAAAUUCUCGGUGCCGGAGGAGCCAGGAAAAUGGUGCGGGCUGCAGGAUCAGGGGGAGAAUGAGUGGGGGUUUGGUCAGACGUUGAGUGUGGUCAUGCUACUGCUUCCGGCGAUGAGUGCUGCGCAGGCGUACCUGGAGGGGAGACAGCAUAUCCAGGAGGGUGGAAAGCUCUGAGUGACUGGAAACGCUAACAAUAUCAUUUCUGGAGUGCUCCAGGCUAACGGUGAUCUCAGCCUUUCCUUUCUCUAGCCCGCGCGACAUUUUCAGUA